AUGGCUCCCUUCCGCUGUCAUCUCCGGGGCUUCCAUCUGUCUCGCCCAUAUCUUGAAUCGAGUGGAAGGCAGAUUCCAAACGGCAGAAAUGGUAGCGGCCAGCAGCGCCGGGAGAGCAACAGGGAGGGGGAGCGGGGGGAUAGGGGCUUUUGCUGCAGCUGUAGUAGCGCCACCAGCCAGGUCGCGGCGAGGGCGGCGGCGACGGGGAAUGGAAGUAGGGGAUUCUCAGCGGCGAGGUCGAAGCCCAAGGAGCUGGUGCUCGGAAACCCUAGCGUGCGAGUGGAGAAGGGAAAGUACAGCUACGAGGUGGAGACGGUUAUCGACAAGCUGAGCAGCCUCCCUCCCCGGGGUAGCAUCGCCCGCUGUCUCGAAUCCUUCAAGAACCGCCUCUCGCUCAACGACUUCGCCCUCAUCUUCAAGGAGUUCGCCCGCCGCGGAGACUGGCAGCGCUCUCUCCGCCUGUUCAAGUACAUGCAGCGCCAGUCGUGGUGCCGCCCCAACGAGCACAUCCACGCCAUCGUCAUCGGUGUGCUGGGCUGCGAGGGCCUCCUGGAGAAGUGCCUCGACAUCUUCGACCACGACAUGCCCACCCACUCCGUUCCCCGCUCCGCGCUCUCCUACACCGCCCUAAUCAACGCCUUCGGCCGCAACGGCGACCACGCCACCGCGCUCGACCUUCUCAAGCGCAUGAAGCGUUCUCCCGACAGCGUUGCCCCCACUGUCCUUACCUACAACACUGUCAUCAAUGCCUGCGCUCGCGCCACCGACGUCUCCUGGGACACACUUCUCGGUCUGUUCGGGCAGAUGCGCCAUGAAGGGGUCCACCCGGAUCUCGUCACCUACAACACCCUCCUCGCCGCCUGCGGCAGCCGAGGCCUGGACAAUGAGGCCGAGAUGGUCUUCCGCACCAUGAAUGAGGCAGGUAUUCUUCCUGACGUUGUUACCCACACCUACCUUGUUGAGACUUUCGGCAAGCUUGGCCGUCUCUCCCGAGUCAAUGACCUUCUCCGGGAGAUGGAGGAUGCCGGCAAUGUUCCCGAAUCCGCCUGUUACAACGUGCUCAUGGAGGCGUAUGCCGAGGGCGGCGCCGCCAGGGAGGCAGUGGAGGUGCUCCGCCAGAUGCAGACCGCUGGGUGUACCCCCAACGCAGCUACCUACAGCAUUCUGCUUAACCUGUACGGCAGGAGCGGACAGUAUGAUGAUGUCCGGGAGCUUUUCCUGGAGAUGAAGGUCGGAAGCACUGAACCCGAUGCUUCCACAUACAACAUCCUCAUCCAGGUCUUUGGGGAGGGAGGGUACUUCAAGGAGGUCGUAACUCUGUUCCAUGACAUGGUCGAGGAGAAUGUGGAACCCAACAUGGAGACCUACGAGAGCCUCAUGUUUGCAUGUGGGAAGGGCGGUCUCCACGAAAACGCGAAGAAAAUACUCUCCCACAUGAACAACAGAGGUGUUGUGCCCAGUUCGAAGGUCUACAGUGGAGUGGUGGAAGCUUAUGGGCAGGCAGCCCUGUAUGAGGUCAACCAUUAUUCCUGAUAAUAGCCAUGAUCUCUACUUUGGAGUCUCAUAUUAUUCAUUUGAGUUUAUCCAUUCCAUAAUUCUCUGGUUUCUUUCUCCUCUUUCAGGAAGCUAUCGUUGCUUUCAACACCAUGCAUGAAAUUGGGAGCUUGCCAACAAUUGGGACAUACAAUUCCCUUGUGCACACGUUUGCUCGUGGUGGGCUUUUUACAGAGGGUCGUGCAAUCAUAGCACGGAUGGACGAUGCGGGGAUUCAAAAAGAUGAGGGCACGUUCAAUGGUUUGAUUGAGGCAUUUUGUCAAGGAGGGCAAUUUGAGGAAGCUUUAAAGGCCUAUCUAGAAAUGCAGGACUCAAGAGUCAAACCAGAUGAAAAAACGCUAGAGAGAGUCCUGAAUGUUUACUGUAGCGCUGGACUGAUAGAAGAGAGCAGAGAGCUGUUUUCGGAAAUUCGGUCACUGGGCAUUGUGCCAAGUGUCAUAGCAUAUUGCUUGUUACUGUCAGUAUAUGCUAAAAACGACAGGUAAUUUUGCUACCUUAAAGCAGAUUCCUUGAUGCAUCUAGCCUCGUGUGUUCAUUUAUUUACAGCUUUUGAUGUGAGCUUAUUUAGUAUGACCCAUUCAGGAAAACCGUGUGUCAGAUUCUUGUUUCCUUGCAUCCUAUAACUAUGUGCUAGGUUUCCAGGGAAAAUAAGCGGCAUUUUGUUCUUGUAGAUGCAUGACGAGUACACAGUAAAUAGUCAUUGAAAUACCUUUCACACUACAUAUAUAAAUCCACUCUAUGAAUGAUAAGAGUUGCCCUUACAAAUUACUACACAUGAAUCCGUCAUAUGACGACUGCGAGCUUAUAUUUAGGCCAUGAGAAUUCCUAUGAUGAUGAUUUUAUUCAGCCCACGACGAAAUAUAACCUCUAUAAAGUGCCAUGAGACUGUCAGAAAUUCUGUAGUUUUUUGAGCUUAAAUAAUUCCGAGAAACAGAAAAAUGUGGCAAACAUUUAAAAGAAAUCACGAAACGUGUAAUGUGAAAUGGGCAAAUGCUAUUUGUUGAACCUACGUGUAUAAUAACAAGGCACAGAGUGGAACUCUUAGCCUUUCGAUAUCUGUUGGCCCCCACGUUUUAUUCACCUUUUUUUUAUCUAGACAUCUUCAUGCUUCACGUCAUUUUCAUGCCACGGUGAGGUUAACGGAAUAAUCUUAAUCUUCAUGCUUUCAUCAAAUGGUUGUAGCCAUAAAAUUAUUUUUAUGUUUAAAUCAAGUUUAUCUGCUUUCUAAAGGGUUGAGUUUUGUGUUUGUGUGGAGACUGGUUUAUGCUGUUUCCAUUCGUAGUUGUUGAAUACUUCAGACUAUAUGGGUUGGGCGACUCUAACAGAAAGGUCAGAUGGACUUUAUUUGUAGAAUUCCGAGUUGGGGAUGGAUACUUGAUUUUGUAUUCUUCAUUAAGAAUAAGUUCAAAAUGCAAUUCGGCCUGUGGAUAUUGGCAUGAAGUCAAUUUUUCCCUGAUUAGGUGGCAUUAUAACCCUUAGUUCAGGGUAUUUUCUUCCAUGCCUACUAAUUGGUGACUGACACAACCUGUGGAGUGUUGGAUCUUCAGGUCAGCUAAUAGCUGGGAGAAAUAUGUCCUGGCAUAAGCUGAAUGGAGAUGACGAUGAUGACAGUUAAUACUAUUGCCAAUUAAAAUUUCUUUUAAGGCAAAUUUUUUGAAAUUUGUGCCCCUACGGUCUUUAGUUUAAUCAUUGCAAGAAUUUGUAUCUUUGUUUGCUUCAUUUGAUCAUGUAGUCCUUCGUUUUCUGCUUCAUUGAAAUAUGAAUCCAUUCACAUCAUAGGUGGGAUUAUGCAAACAAGUUGCUUGAAGAAAUGAAAACAAAUAGGUUCUCCAACACACAUCAAGUGAUGGGAUCAAUGAUCAAGGGUGAUUAUGAUGACGAUUCAAACUGGCAAAUGGUGGAAUAUGUCUUUGACAGAUUAAACUCUGAAGGUUGUGGCCUUGCACUACGAUUGUAUAAUGCAGUCUUAGAGGCACUCUGGUGGUUGGGUCAAAGAGCACGGGCUGCAAGAGUGCUCCGGGAAGCCACCAGACGCGGACUUUUCCCAGAGCUGUAUCGUGAAAGCAAACUCGUGUGGUCUGUAGAUGUUCAUAGGUAUUAUUAUACUUCCAUUGAAAUCAUGCAAUUUUCUUUUUAAUUUUUUCUCAUUCUUGCAUAGCUGAGGUUUGAUGUUUUCAUUAGGAUGUCAGUGGGCGGUGCGCUUACUGCAAUUUCAAUGUGGUUGAAUAAUAUUCACGAGAAACUUGGUAGUGGAGAUGAUCUUCCUCAGCUGGCAGCUAUUGUUGUAGUGUGAGUCUUUUAUAUCUCACCACAAAUUAGUUUACAGUUAUCUUCUUAGUUCUACUCAGAAUGCCUUACUCUCUUAGUUUUAUCUUAAUUUUUAAUUCUCCGAUGAUGCAAACUAAGGCUUGACAAACCACAAACAUCUUUAACUUCUUCUAUUAUCUUGAAGUAGGUUGACCUUGGAAGUGGUCUGAACGUAUACCCACCAGAGAGAGAUUAAGUCCGUGGAUUUUAAAUUUCGUUUUCAUUUUAUAUUGCUACUUAAAUAGUAUUUAUUUAGCUAUCAUGGAAAGACGCCCUCUUGACUUCACUAUGUGAGAGAGUAAGGACAUUCUACACGUAUGAAUCACAGGAUGCUGUAAAAUAAAAUGGCAUACACGUUCUAAAAAUGUUUUAGACAAGUCCAUUUAUAGUGUCUCGAAGCAUUUUGGUAUUUAGACAACAGAAGUAAGAGCAGAAAAGAUGAUACACGGCUUUCAAAUACUUGAUAAGAGUUUGAUUAGAUGGAGACUGAGAAUCUUUAUGAGAGGGUGAAAAAAAAUUGUCAUAACUUCUUUACAGAGCUUGGUUGUGUAGACUCUUUGAGAUACCGACAGCAAAAAUGAUCAGUCCACUAGAUAUACUGAGAGAAUGCUUCUGAUCGGGUGUGAUAUGAUUGUCUUUUUCAUGUUCUUCAGUAUUUAGGGUUUGAUAACUGGUAGAUUGUAUAGAUCUAAAAUUGCAUCAGUUUGCUCAGAUUUGCACUUCUGGAUAAUUAAGUGCUAAUCCAAAAUUGCAGUUAUCAUUUUGGGUCUAUACAAUCUAUCUGUUAGGAUGGAUGAGAGGAUUUCAGUGAUGCAUUUGUUGUUUUUGCGUAUCCUGCACAUAAGAUGCUCAUAAUAGAAACUAGUUUCUUUAGAAUGUAAGAUGAUCAGUAUCUAGGAGCUUGCUUAAUGCGGGAUCUUUUUGAAGAUACUAUUGACCUCAAAUAACUUGUUAGAAGAGUGUUGUUGCUUAUAAACUUUGAAAUGAGGAACAGUUUUUGGCUGAUGUAACCUUAUUCUGUGCAUUUGACAGUGGUUCAAAAGCUGUGAAGUAACUGGUAUCAAUAUAUAUACUUUGACAUAUCUGUAAAUAAUAAGUGAUAUUAGAAAUAGGUUCUUCUGGAAUAGUGCACGCUUGAUGAAAUAGGUUUGUCGAUUCAAGGAAGAAUGGUGCAGGUCUUCUUAACUUUAAUUUAUAUAAUAGGGUUCUGGGAGCUAAGUGCUUAUGGUACAUUGAGGACGAUAAUUUGUUAUGGACAGAAAUCGUCAAAGCUAAAGCUUAUCAUCUGAUGAAGACUGGAAGUCUGUAAUAUCUAAUAGAUUUCUCCAUCUCAUUUGGAAAAAUCAUGCUUCGGCAGUAUUUGCUGUCGAAAAUAGAGAAAGAUUGACAGUUAAGGAGGAUAAAUAGCUUCAAGAAGAGAUACAAGCAGUAAAUUUCCCUGAACUUAUAAAGUUCAUAUCAAGGUGAAAAAGCUUUUCCACGCUGUUGGAACUCAGAACCUGAGGAUUGGAGGCUACAGUAUUGGAGAAAUCGAAUAACUAGAACAGGUGUGACUGAUGAUUAUCCAUACUUAUUAAAAAAGAAGAUCAACAUGAUCAGAUGAUGUGGAGGGGAAUUGAAAAGGGGUACUUGAACGUGUGCAGUAGAAUCUAUGGAAACAGAGGGUGUAGAUGUUGGUGGUCAUGUUUUCAGUGGGAGCAUAAGUGAUGACGGAGAAAAUUUUCAGAACAGUCUACAGAAGUCCUAUAUGCACGGGAAUUCAGAGUUUUUUGCCAAACAUGCGGACGAGUGUGUUUGCUGCGGGAUAAAAGUAGUCCAUGAAUCAUAUUCAUAUAGGUUGUUGUAUAGUUUGCAUACUGUGGAAUGCUCUGUUUCAAGCUGUCCCAAUUGAUGUUGCUGAAACGAAUAAAUGGAGUCAAUGUUAAGUCAGCUAGGGAUCUGGACAUUUCAUGCGGAAAGUGAAUGGUAAGCACUAACACCAGCAAUGUUGUUGAAUUUUUGGAGAAAGAGAGAUGGAUGGUACAACAUCUAAACAAAAGUUCAAAUGGACGAACGACUAUUUUGUGAAGCUGUUAUGUAUGUGGGCUGGACGAAAGCAAGGGUGGUUGAUUGAGGCACCUACCAUGCUCUCUGGGCUAAGAUUAAAGGGAGCGUGUUGAUUUCCUUUAUUUGGUUAGCAUUUUGUUUCAGGAAUGGUGACAGUCGCUUUUUAAUAUUUCUAAAUUAUUAUUGUUCCCUUGUACUGCUUCUAAUUUUUUGUUGUUCCCUUAUUGGUUUCUUUCUGAAAUUAUAAUUUGUUGAUGGAUUUCUGUUGUCAUCUGAACCCAAAGUACAUAGAAUAAGUUCAGAAAUAUAUCAAUCGAUUGCAAGUGAAAUCCUCCGAUGUCAGUUAUUAUCUCCUAUUCUUGAUUGCAUCUCCACGACUUGUACUAAACCUGUUUUGCUUUAAAAUCAGACGUGGGGAGAUGGAGAAAAGCUCAGCGACAAGAGGAUUCCCCAUUGCAAAGGCAGCCUAUGCAUUCCUGAAGGACAACAUAUCUUCCACGGCGUUCACUUUUCCGGGUUGGAACAAGGGUAGGAUUAUUUGCCAGCGGUCUCAGUUGAAACGGCUCUCGCCCACAUCAUCUGAGCAGUCUCGUGGUGGAUCUAUGAGAAACCAGCUUGUUUCAAUCACCGAUUUGGUCUUUCCAAAGGCUGGAACCAGAAUAUACACCUCAGAUCUUGAGAAUGAACCUGUAGCCAUGGAAAAAAUUACCUCGUCUAGAGAAGAACUCAUGGCCACGGUGCCUUUAUGA